AUGGACUCAGGAUCAUUGAAUUCUUCUUCAUCAAAGAAAAAGAGUUCCAAAGAAAACUUGGAUAGAUUUAUUCCAAACCGAUCAGCAAUUAAUUUUGAUUAUGCGCGCUCUAUGCUGAAUGAAGGGAGGAAAGGCAAAGAGAACCCACCUGCAAGCUCACCCCCCAGAGAGGCCUACAGGAAGCAUCUGGCAGAGGCCCUCAACAUGACCGGGACUCGAAUUCUCCCUUUCAAGAACAAGCCCCCUGCUCUCUUCUCUUCUCAGCAGCAGGGUAAGCCCACCAAGCCCAAGCGAAGCAUUCCUCAGACUUCUGAGAGGACAUUAGAUGCCCCUGACCUUGUGGACGAUUACUACUUAAAUUUAAUGGACUGGGGAAGCUGCAAUGUUCUUGCAAUUGCUCUUGGAAAUACAGUUUAUCUUUGGGAUGCUUCUAAUGGUUCUACUUCACAACUUGUCACCGUUGAUGAAGGAAAAGGCCCGAUUACAAGUGUUAGCUGGGCUCCUGAUGGCCAGCACAUUGCCAUUGGCUUGAACAACUCAGAAGUACAGUUGUGGGAUUUAACAUCUAAGGAACAGCCAAGAACUUUGCCAGGAGGCCACACAUUGAGAGUUGGAUCACUGGCAUGGAACAACAAUCACAUCCUUACCACUGGAGGAAUGGACAGUCUGAUCAUUAACCAUGAUGUAAGAGUCGGAUCACAUAUUGUCGAAACCUACAGAGGUCAUAAGCAAGAGGUUUGCGGGCUGAAAUGGUCACCCUCAGGCCAGAAAUUGGCAAGUAGAGGAAAUGAUAAACUACUAUUCAUAUGGGACAGAUCAAGGACAUCUUCAAAUUCACCAACGCAAUGGGCUCACAGGCUCGAAGAUCACACAUCUGCAGUGAAAGCUCUUGCUUGGUGUCCUUUCGAGAGCAAUUUGCUAGCCUCUGGUGGAGGUAGAGAUGGUAAAUGCAUAAAGUUUUGGAAUACUCAUACUGGUGCAUGCUUGAAUUCUGUGGACACUGGCUCUCAGGUUUGUUCAUUAUUGUGGAACAAGAAUGAGAGAGAGCUGCUCAGCUCUCAUGGGUCUACUCAGAACCAGCUUACUCUCUGGGAAUAUCCAUCAAUGGUGAAGAUGGCCGAGCUCACUGGUCAUACUUCCAGAGUUCUGUUUAUGGCUCAGAGCCCAGAUGGUUGCACAGUGGCAUCAGCAGCAGCAGAUGAAAAAAUCAAAUUCUGGAAUGUCUUUGGAGACCCCCAAGCAGCAAAACGUGCUCCAAAAGCAAACCCCGAUCCCUUUUCCCAGGUUAUCCGAUAG